UUCUCAGUUACCAGUUUAAUUCUUUCGCAGGCGCAGUCGCAAGUCCUUUCAGCUCGCUAAAGAAAUAAAAACAUAUAUACAUAUAUAUACUAAAAUGGGUUUGAACUGAACACUGUUAUCUUGCGUAACAGAACCAUUACAGCGCGUCACUGACGUUUCUAUGAACAUGGCAUCAUCAUUGAUAAAUCCCCGUUUUUUCAUGCGUUUCAGUUCGAACUCUUCAUGUCACGUAGUCGCAUUUCUCUGUUAUAAUUAACAAGGUAUUCCAGGACAAUCUGUGAUGAAUUUAGUCAAAUAUCUCUAACCACGGCCUACAUGUGUUGAAGGCACCCACGGGGACGCAUGAUUUGCGAUAAACUCAAGGUCUGGGAAACAGUACUGAGGCGGCUCCCAAUUUGAAAGGCAUCUUCAGGCCCCUGUUGACGAAGACGUUAAAGUCAUCACACGUAGCAUGGUCACAAUCGAUCGGCGAAAAACAAACGACUUACACAACAGGCGGAUACUGUGUGGUGGCAAGCGUUCGAGAACCAAUUUUCUAAGCGGAGUUCCUUGCAGACUUAUCACAUGCCAUCAAGAAGGAUUAAACAAACAAUCUCGGGUCUUUCCACUUCAGGAUUGGAUUCCUGUUAAAAACCUUAAACAGAAACAUGGAUUGCUCAUGAUUAGGAGUCAGUCGCGUAGGAUAGUAAAUAAGCUUCUCUGCCCUGCGUUUCCAGGAGCAGCUAUGAAGGAAAAAAGCCAUACCUCUGCGCUUCCAGUAGUAUGCAAACGAAGACUGCCUCACUCUCUGCUCGUAAUGGUUGCCGUGUCGGUGAUAUUUAUGGGGUUUUGGCACAGAUACGCCAUUCACCAUGCCAGUUUUGCGUCGGAAAAUCUUCAGGGUGACAAAAGGCUGGAAGAAGUCCAGGCCUCGGUUGCCGUGAACUCUAGCCUGAAGCUUAUGCAAGACGAGCUCGUCAGCCGAGUUAAUAAAACCCAGGAUAUGUUCAAACACGCAUUAGAGCUGGUUCAACGAUUGGAGGGCAUGGCACAGCAGAAAAUGGGCGAAACUAGAGAUACAGACGAGCAGAUCUUGAAGAGGAUUGACAAAUUAGAACAGGAGAACAAGAAGUUGAGGAUCCUAACCUUGCAAAUUGCGAAACACCUCACUGACUCGGCUCCGUGGAAACCUUUGAAGGAUUUGUCAAAGUUUAGCAUCCGAGGAUUCAUAUCAGAGAUCAUAAGCAGAGAUAUGGUCCAAGGCCCUCCGGAAUUGUUUGAGUUCCCAUCCGUCGUGUCGAAUGGACGACAUCUGUGCUUCAAGGGUAACAGCACAAGGAAUGGGACUGAAAACUCCUAUAUGUUUGCAUGGGAGGAGUCUUUUCCGAUAGACCAUGUCCUCCUAAAUGGCACCACUCUCAUCACUGAGACAGAGUAUGACUACGGCAAUCCGUGGCAUUCCAUGUACAAUAUGUUCCAAUUUCUUUACUGGAAGUUUAAGAACAACUGCACCGACGCAGACAGACUCAUGCUGUUUCAUCAAAGCGAACUGCGGAGAGAAAUGGGCAACUGGAUUACUCAGGUGUUUUCUGCAGCUGGAUUACCUGCUGUGCCGGAGCAGAUGUCAAUAGGAGACCGUCCGAUUUGCUUCAAGAGAGCGAUCGUGUCACGCCUUGGACUCGGCGGUGUCCCUACGGAGUUAUUUCAGGAAAUUUACAGUCAAGCUCGGUGUCGGGUUCGUGUUUACUGCAAGCUCUCCCCUACUAGGCCAUCCACCGACAGACAAUCUACCACCAUCACACUGAUGGUAAGAAACGGCGCGCGGCAGUGGAAGGACAAGAAAGCAUGGGAGAAGGUCAUUGCGGAACAAUGUGCCAAGGUGGAAGGCUGUAGGUGGGUCACCAUGUACGUCUCAAACAUGACAUUCUGUGAACAGGUCAAGCUCAUGAUGGAGACAGACAUUCUGGUGUCGGUGCACGGCGCGCAGCUGACGAACAUGAUCUUCAUGAGUCCAGGCGGGCGGCUCAUGGAAAUGUUCCCCAAAGGAUGGCUAGAGUUCGCAGGGCAUGGCCAAUUCAUAUAUCGGCAACUUGCACGAUGGAAUGGCCUGAUUCACGAAGGAUACUGGCGUGAUAUUCACCAACCUGACUGUCCCAACACGGCCGACAUCGGCCAAUGCUUCACUUUCUACAAGGAUCAAGACGUCGGAAUCGACGUGGAACACAUUUCUAGAUGGUUGAGAAAGGUUUUGAAAGAUUUCAGGGAGGUUAAUACCCACUUCGUCGAAGAGCCAAGCUUUGCACUGGAUGCACGAGGAGACUACAAAGCUUGUGCCUGCGCAAGCAACUACACCCACAACCCUUAGCGAUCAGUGGUGAUGCCAAUAAUUCUGGGGUUUCAUUGGUCCUCUCAUUAUUAUUUUUUUAUUUUUGAUUUAUUUAACUUUAAGUAAGUAAUGGCUUGCAUAAUCAGGCUAUGACGCGCAGUACAUCAUUUCUGUCGCUUAGAACGAUGGUUUUGACACCAUUCAUGAAGAUUAUUAAGUUCAAGAGUGGCAUAGUAGAAUGGUCAAAUGCUCAUAUGAAUAUUUUGUUUGUUUUAAGAGAUAAGAAGGAAGUGAUUUUGGUCAUACUUGAACGGAUGUAAGAGAGGGAUUUGUCAUGAGGAGGUUAGGGUUGUUUUUGUAAAGUUUUUCUUUUUUCUUUUUUGAA